GGCGGGUUCUGGGAUGUGAUUGGGCUACGUGUUGUCUGUGUCCAAUCUGGCAACAGAGGGCUGUGCGGAGCAACAACGGAGCACAACAUUGUUGACAACUGUGGCUUGUCAGCAAACUUCUCCGGUUUUCAGGACAAUGCCUCUGUGUGGAGGUUUCCAUGGGUUGUCGCCAGUGCUAGCUAACUGAAGAGCCGGGUUAGUGAGCCGGUGAGUCAACAGAUCUGACUCAUCUGUAGCUUAGCGUUAGCUUAGCUUAGCUGGAGGCACAGCAGCAGCAGCAUGGGUGAUGGCAGCGUCGCUCCCAGGCUCGGCAACAUGAAGGCGUUGCUUGGAAUAGUUGCCGGAGCCGGAGCCUCUUACGGGAUCUACAAACUUAUAAGCGGGGGGAGCUUCAAGAGGGGUAAGAAAAGUGUCACCACCAGUGAAAGCCCUGGUGUCAGGAGCAGCCAGCCCGGUGAAGUUACCCUACAGCGGGGCAGCCUGCUGGCCAAAGUGUCGGGACUGGAUGUUGUCUGUCCACGACCUGAUGUUGCAUCAGCUGACAUCAUCCAUCAGUCCCCCAGCAACCUGGAGCCACAGCACUUGAAAAUGCUGCUGUCAUGCCUGCAGACCAGCAAUAAUUCAUCUGACAGAUGUCGUAUCCUGCUUACAUUAGGAAAUGCUGCUGCCUUCACUGUGAAUCAGAAUCUAAUACGUGAAUUUGAAGGGAUUCAUAUCAUUGCUGGUUUCCUCUCCGAUCCUGCCGCGGAGGUUAGAGUGCAGACUCUGAAUGCUUUAAAUAAUCUUUGUAUGAACAUCCCAAACCAGGAACAAAUCAAGGUUUAUGUGCCACAAGUGCUGGAGCUGAUUGAGAUGUCACCAGUGAAUUCAGACCUUCAGCUGGGAGCUCUCAGGUUGCUGACAAACCUUUCGGUCACAGAUAAACAUCAACACUUGCUGAAGGAAUCGAUUACACUUUUACUCUCUCUACUCGUUGUGAGCAAUGAAGCAUUACAGGUUCAAACUUUGAAAGUCCUUGUGAAUCUGUCUUCUAAUCCAGAUAUGAUGGAUGAUAUUGUUCAAGCUCAGGCACCAGCUUCUGUUGUGCUCCUGUUUGACGCACGAACAGCCUCUCCAGUACUUCUGCGACUGCUGACGUUUGCAGGGAACUUAAAGGCCUGGAGGCCCUCUGCCCAGGUGGCUGAUGAACUGAGGCGGACGCAGGAUUGUCUCUUCCGGGUCAUGUUAGAUGAAUCUUCUCAGCUCCACAGCAGACUGGUCCAGCUGCUCUCACACCCUGAUGGAGAGAUUCAGUCCCAGGUGGCUCGUAUCUUGACAUAGGCCUCCCUCUCUUGCACUCUUGAUCCACGCACAGCUUUAGCUUUCAUACACUUUGCCAAAACCAUCAACCUCUCACCCCACCAUAUAAAUUAUAAAUCUGUUGACAUUAACCUUACAGAAGAGCAGGCUGCGUAGCCUCCUGUUGAUACUCAGCUUCCUCUUUCACUCUCUAGACCUGCUGUGUUAGUUAGAUCAAUAUUAUUGCCACACAUCAACUAAAGUAAAUGAUUUUUUCCACUUCACCAGCCACUUCCCUGAUUUCCGGUUUCUCAUACAAUUAAUUGAUGAGCAAUGAGUGAGCAGGAAGAAGCCAUUCAUUCACUAGAGACCACCUCUGUUUUUUUUCCUGCCAGCAAGAGUUUUGCCAGAGACUAUAUUCCUUCAAAGAUCCACAGUGCCCUUCCUUCUGAGAACUUCACCUACUUUCUCUGAAGGUGUAUUCCAGGUGAAAUUUCUGAACCCGAACCCACUGC